ACCACAGACCCACCACAUCCUCGCCAUAGAAAAACCCACCCCAACCACCAUGGCAAACCUCCACCACCAUGAAACCUACAAACUCAUGGCAACAAUCCACCACCAUGGCAACACCAUAUGCACAGAAACCCACAAAAAAAUCAAAGGAAAUUUCAUACAAAACCCACAAGCACCAAGCAAGCAAACUAGCAAGCACCAAAUCAACAAACACCACCUAAAUUUGACCCAAACACCACGUAAACACCGACCCCAAAUGACCAAUCCAAACAACUGACCCAAACUCCACCCACAGCCAUCGACCAACCCAAAACUCCAACCACAACCACCACUGACCCAAACUCUGAUCUGUGCCAUCACCAAAACCCACCACCUAGAAUUGCGAGGAUCAUGAGGGAAAGUUGUGAAAGAAGUGAGUUUCAGAGAGUUUUAGAGAAUUGAGAGAGAAGAGAGUUGCAGAGGGUCAGAGAAAAAGUGAGUGAGAGAGAAAAAAAAUUGAAUACAUUAAUAUUAUUUGGGUUUAGAAACUCGUAAAUAGUGGGUUGUAAUUAUAGAUACUUACUAUUUACGCUUCUAAAAUUUUAGGAUUUACAUAAUGGGUUGGAGCACUUUUUUGAGUUUUUAGUUGCUAAAAUAGCAACUGGGGAUGUUUACACCCUCAAUGCUAGUGCUUGCAUAUUUUGUAUUAAAAUAUUUUAGAUUAGUUUUAUGAGUGAUGAUGAUGUUGGCAGUUUGCCUUUUCAUUUUGAAAAUUUAGGACUACCCUAAUGAGCCAUAUGGUUUGUCUUCAUUUUUUAUUUAGUUGGAUGAUACUAUAGGAAAGUCAAAUGUGUAUUUGACUAUAUUUUAAGUAAUUAAAUUAAACAUUAUAUAACUUUUUAAUCAUUGUGCUCAAGUGAUCAAGUUGGAAGGCUUUUCAAAUUAUUGAAGCGGUAAACAGCCUCAAUGCAAAUUUUUAGAAGUCUACGUUUUAGAUCAUUAUGACACAUUUUUAGGGAAUUAUAGAAACUAUUAAUUGACCAAUGGAUAGGACUAUGUACUUCAAGAUCUAGCUCACCACAUAAAGAAGCUACAGGGGUUUGUCUCCUGCCACUUGUUGUGUAAAAAUCAACUUUAAAAUUAGACCCAAGAAAUCAGUUAUUUUGAUGUAGAAAUUGGUGGUUCAUGAGCUAUGUUGGAAACUCUGUGAAUUCUAAGGGGAAAGCAACAUGUUUUAGCUUCCUCAAAUGCAAGAUUCUUCACAAUCCCUUGGGAUUAAUCUCAUGGAAUAUGUGAGUUUUAAGCAAAGCCUUAUGUUCAGCCCCCUAUGUUUCUCAAUUUAUUUUUCGAGUCUCUAACACAGAAGAGGGAACUUAAAAUAUUACUUAGAAAUUAGAAUCAACAUGAUAAUUCAAUAAUAGAACUCCACAAGCGAAGUCAAACACAUCGUUUAAUCAAACUAAGCCGUAAAAAUAUACAUAUUAGGGAUAAUUAUUUUAUAUUGGAGCAAUAUAUUUUUCCUCUUAUAACCUAUCCAAAAAAAUAUAUUUCUUCUUUUUCUUAUAGCAACACACUCACUAUUAUGUUGUUGGGGGGAGGGAAUUUAGUGUACUAAAUAAUUACUUAUUACAUAUAACUUAGGUAUUAAAUGAAUUGAGUUCUAUAUAGGUAUUGAAUUGAUGAGUUCCACUGAGUCAACUGAUCCACCAUCAAAUUGGGAGAUGUUUAAGCAAUAGAGUGGCAGUUUGGUAAGAACUAUAGCGCGUGUUGAGAGCUUGAUACCAAGUUUUCAUAAUCCCAAAACUCAUACAAUCUCUACAUGAUUAAAGAUUUUGCAUUCGAAAAAAAGUCUGACAAGUAUGAAAUUUGUUUUACCAAGUGGGUUUGGCAACCUCCACUCACAAAGAGAUUACCUUCCCCACCCCUCCUCUUAAUUAUUAUUACCUUACUUUCAACAAAUAGGCAGUUAUUAAUGCAUAUCCAAACUAACUUUGGUACUUUGAGAGGUAAAAAUGGGGUUGAAAGUGAUUCAUUCCGGGUAAGUAAGCCUUCUUGGGCUUAGUGGUUAUUCCGAGGCUUAGGCCCAAUAGAUUCAUUCACCAAAUCUCCCUUUCUUUUUUUCCUUCGCUGUUCUCCUCCGUAUGAGUUUUAUGACACACAUAUAAACAUAUUCCUCCAGCUCCUUCCUUCAUUUCACUUCUUUUCACGCUUAAAAGUCAAAACACAAACUAAAACCUGAAACCUUGAACCUGGUCCCUUCCUAAUGUCUCAAACUACAGCAACAAUGCGCGAGCGUGUUCCAGAUGACGUCGUAGAAGACAUCCUGGCUCACCUACCAGUGAAAUCCUUAACCCGAUUUCGGUGCGUUUCGAAAUCUUGGAACUCCAUUAUCACUGACACCACUUUCAUCUGCAAACACAUGAAGCUCAACCUCAACCAAUCCGAAUCAUCAAUACCCGCAAACACUUACAGUGGGUAUUUGCUAUAUACUACAGAGGAUAAGGAUGGUUCAUCAUCUUCCAAAGAAUUGUGUACGGUUGCUUGCAACAACGACCGCACACUGACCCAGGUUUUUAGGUUUGAAAUCCCCUCUUUUUUUGACAAGUACAUGAUUGUUGGUUUCUGCAAUGGCUUGUUCUGCCUAGCUAGUCGUGAGAAAGAACUUUGUCACGUUAUUUAUUUGUGGAACCCAAGUAUUAGAAUGUUGAAGAAACUUGUAGCUACUCGCUUUAAUCGCAAGUAUAAUGAAACAGCCGCUUUUGGAUUUGCUUAUGAUUCUCUGAACAACGACUUCAAGAUUCUGAGAAUUGUGUCUGAUGCGUUGUUCAAUGAAUCAGAAGUUGAAGCAGAGAUUUACACGUUAAGUUCGGAUUCGUGGAGGAAGGUUGUAAUAUCAAAGGUGACUGAACCCAGACUUGGGAUUAUUUGUUGUGUUUGGGGUCCCUUUACUUUUUACAAUGGAGCUCUGCAUGCUAUAGCAUUUACCAUCGGCUAUUUAUUCUUUUUGUCCUUUGACAUUAGCGAUGAGAGCUUCCAUGAGAUAAUGAUGCCUCGUAAUCACUUAGAUGGCCUGACUAAUUAUUUCACUGAACUUGAAGUGUACAAGGGAUUGCUGGCUGAUUUCGUUUUUACUUAUGAUCUUGGCAAUGAGCGUAAUGGGAGUGUCUUAUGCCAAGUAUGGGUUAUGGAGGAGUAUGGUGUGCCCGAGUCUUGGACUAGAAAAUUUGUGAUACCAAUAGAAUGGAUUAGGAUACGUCAUUUCUUUGGCUGCACUAACAAUGGUGAACUUCUCAUUAAGAAUGCCACUGGGCUGGUUUCAAUUGACCCUGAGAGUCAAAAUCAGAACAUUCUUGCAAUUGAAGAUGCUAAUUGGGUUGCUUUCUCAGCUAAUUCAAUGGAGAGCUUGGUUUUACUUGAUGGGGGUAGAGUGAGUGAGAGAGAGGAGGAGGAGAAGAAGAACUCCAAUGUUUGCUCCAUGGAUGACCUAGGCGGUGGCGGUGCUUUGGGCAGCAGUGGUGGCCUAGGCAGUAGCAGCAGUGGGCUGGGCAGCAGUGGCGAUGGCCCAGCAGGGCGACUUCAUAAAAAUUAAUUGGAAACUUCCUUGGUCUCUUCAGCUUCCUUUACACUGGUGGUUUUCUUGUGGCAGCUUCUUUUUAGAACUUUGCCUCUAGGAACUGUUCUUGCUAGCAGAAAUAUAACCACUGAUAUGACCAAGGAUUAUCUUAACUUAGGGAUGAACACAAUUUACUUUUCGUACAAUUAAGACAUAAAUUGUUUGUUGCUCUGUUUUUCAUUUGUAAUAGAUGUAAAAAUAGUAUUUCUAUCUAAAUUAUGGGCACAAGUUUUUCUGCAUUGGAAUUAGAUGUUACUGCUACAAAGUUCAUAAAAAUACAACUUUCCAUCCAAGAUGAUCUUUAGAGGGAGCACUCUACUCUACUACCAGUUGAUGAUGAAGGACUAGGUUGCCAACCAUCAAUACAACCGGUGGUCUAACUUCCAAACUUAAUCGUACAAGGGGUAGAGUAAUGGCUAAUACAAUAGAUAGAUGAGUCUAAAACUGCAAAGUAACUCAAUCUCUCAACCGCUGUAACCGAAAACGGAUUGAGCUUUUGCUUUUGCUCUGCGUCUGUGUUUGGGACUUCAAUGGAAUACCAUUCUAUAUGUGUUUUGAUGACUCCAUUAUCCGUCACCAAAGGUGGUUUGAACCUGUUGAAACCACUGAAAACGAUGAAGGGUCUAUCUUCAUAUUGCCUCAAUAGCCUUGACGUAGACAAACUUCCCUUAGCCAUAGCAGUAGCAGAUAGCUUUUCUUUUGUUUUUGAAUGA